AUGAUUGGGAAGCACUCGGUUCUCUACUGCUUGCUUGGUAAUAGUAAUACUAGUAAGACCAUGGUGGACGAUGGUAAGAGAGAGCAACUCAACUCAAGCCAAGGUAAAGCUACCCUAUACUCGCCAAUCAUGUCAAGCUACCCAAAUGAGACAAAUGAGGAUUGCUACUAG